UAACACUCUCGUGGAUCAGAUCUCAUGCAUCACGCUGGAAGGAUUUGUUAGAUACAGGGUGGCUCAAAUUGAAGGACUCACUCCAGCUGCUCACUGGAGAUACAUACCUGGAACUUCCGAUCUGGCUGAUGGCGCAUCACGAGGCCUCACGACUGCUCAACUUCCAAGUCAAUCACUUAGGUGGACGGGACCACCAUGGAUACUCAACCCAGACUCAUGGCCGUCGCAACCUGCACUCUCUGACGAGAUGAGUGCAACAGAAGCUCGCCCAGGCGUUUCGCUAUUGACGGUUACGCCAAGGACUGAAUAUCAAUGGGAACUCAUCUACAGGUACUCAAGCCUCACUAAACUAUUGAGGAUUACAGCUCUCUGUUUCAGAUUCGUCUCACGGUUGAGGAAAGUCCACGACUCAUUUCCUGUCAGACACAUCUCUCCAGAGACCUUGGAGAAAGCGAGGCUCUUCUGGAUUCAGGCAACUCAAGCAACGUACUUCUCGCACGAGCUCAAGGCAUUACAGGCAGACUCACCGCUGGCAAAGGCACACUCAUUCAACCGAUCAACUGCGUACAUCGACGCUCAAGGAGUCAUUCGCGUCGGCGGACGACUCGCUCACUCAGCUCUCUCACUCGAUGCGACACAUCCUGUAAUAUUGCCUCAUCACUCUCAGCUAUCAUCAUUGAUCAUCGCUCACGCUCAUCAACGGACUCUACAUGAAGGCACGCAGCUUACGCUGCACGACCGUUCACUCAUACAGGUGUGGACUACGCAGGGCCACUCACCGUCAAAACAUGGAAAGGAAGAGGUGCCAAGACCACUAAAGACUGGAUUUACGUUUUCGUCUGCUUCGCAACCUCAGCAGUACACCUCGAGGCGGUUAGUGAUUACUCAACGGAGGGAUUCAUUGCCACCUAUCGACGCUUCUCAUCCAGACGCGGCAUCCCUCACACCUUACAAUUUCAUCGGCACGGAUACGGCUCUCAAACGGCUCUUUAUCCAGAGCACUCAAGAACAUCAGCGAGUUUCUCACCUGCUCUCGCAAGAUAACACCCGAUGGGAAUUCAAUCCCCCUGCGACACCUCACAAGGGAGGAAAAUGGGAGGCCGUCGUAGAAUCAAAGAUACCAACUACGGCGCACCAUUGA